AUGAAUACCUUCAAAUCCAUGAUAUUGACUUCAUUUUCAUCAUCUUCUUCUUCAUCCUCCUCCUCUGAUGAGUCUGAUGAUGAAUAUAUGAUCACACUUUUACGGGUUUAUGAGCAGAAUAAUAGUAGUAUGCUUCAGAUUCUUAAGUCAAUGCAUUCACCUACAAUAUUUCGGAGACGUUUUCGAAUGCGUCGUCCUUUGUAUUUGCGAAUUUUGAAUGCAAUCCAAGCACACAAUUUAUAUUUUGUUCAAAAACAAGAUGCAGCUCAUGUAGCUGGAUUAUCUCCCCUACAAAAAAUGACUUCAGCAAUGAGAAUAUUGUCAUAUGGUGUCGCAAUAGAUGCAGUUGAAAGCACUGCAAUUCAAAGUUUGCAACAAUUUUGUAAUUCAGUGAUUGAAAUCUUUGGAGUAGAAUAUCUGAGAUCUUCGACACCAACUGAAAUUGCUAGAUUACUUGCUAUUGGGGAGGUUUGGGGGUUUCCUGGAGCAAAGAGACAAUAUUUUGCAAUAAUGCAAGAGUCUGCCAGGAAAGAUGUAGAGCGGGCAUUCGGAGUCCUUCAAUCUCGAUUCGCAAUUAUAGGUGGUGCUAUACGUUUUUGGGAUCCGAAAAUGCUUGCCAACAUAAUGAAGAGUUGCAUUAUAUUACAUAAUAUGAUUGUCGAAGAUGAGAGGGAGGAGCACCUUGAUUUCGAUUAUGAAAUUUCAUCAACCAACACACCAGUGCAACUUUCCUCUACUCCUACCAAUGACUUCCAAUCAUUUUUGUCUCGUCAUUUAGGUAUUAGAGAUAAGGAUGCAUAUCAUGCCCUCCGUAAUGAUUUAGUAGAACAUAUGUGGCAUCUUCAUGGUGAACACUAA